ACGCAAUCAUUUAGAAGCUACUUCGAUUGAGACAAAGUGAAAAUGCAUUUGGUGUUAGUACAUGGCUAUUUACUCGGCGGAGCAGGCUCGAAUGUCUACACAGCCAACAUUGCAAAAUCGUGGAAGCGACAGGGCCAUGCCGUGACCGUUCUCUGCCAGGAUCCCUUCGCCGAUCGCCUUGAUUUUGUCGACGAGUUUAUCGUUGGAAACGACCAGAUUCCGGCUUCCGCCCCGCAAGCGGGUACCAUCCGAGUUGUGGUACCGGACAUCAAUGGGCUGUUACUUGUCUAUUGGUACGAUCUCUACGAAGGAUACGAAGUCAAGACUAUGGUUAACUGCUCUCUGGACGAGAUCGAAGCCAACAUCAAGGGGACGGCCGAUGGUUUGAAGAAGGUGAUCGCUCAAGGUGUCGACCGUAUUCUGGCGAAUCAUGCGAUCCUUGGUCCCGUGAUAACGAAACGUGCCACGGAAGGAACUGAGAUUCCUUUUGACGUCAAAAUCCACGGUAGCUCCCUUAUCUUCAGCGUCAAAAAUCGUUCAGAGCUUAGACGCUACGCUCUGGAAGGAAUCAAGCACUGCCGCAAACUUAUUGUUGGGGCAAAGUACAUGGUGGGUUUCGUGCAGGAAACAUUUGAAGCGGAGAAAGAAGAGAUGGGGCUGCUUAAAAAGACGGUGAUUAUUCCCCCGGGUAUGGACCCUGAAGUCUUCCAACUCGGCGGGUCUAUCAGCGAGAGGCAAGAGGCGUUUUUGGCAAGCGUGGAAGAGUUUAUCAAACGAAAGCCUGGUGGUAGACGAGCUGAAAAUAUCAAACUUCCGGAUCACAAAACGCCUGACUUGAACAAGUCAUUGGAGAAGGUUGUAGAAUCUUACGACCUCCGAGCCGCCGAUGCUGACCUCUGCGAGCGCUGGAUUCCAGUGGAAGAAGACGAAGCUAUCAUUUGCUUUUUUGGCAAGUUCCAAGAAACCAAAGGGGUCGGAGAAUUGCUUGUGGCUUUCGCGAGCAUCGUCGAGAGAUUUCCCAGGGCGCGCCUGUUGCUGAUAGGGUAUGGGGGCAACCGCGAACACUUGGAGGGAAUGUUAGCGGCGAUGGUUCAGGGCAACUUUGAAGCGUUCAAGGCAUACGCGGAGGCAGGGAACUUUGUGGACCUUCCACUAGAAGCGGAGAAGUACUUCCGCCAGAUUCCUCCGGGAAGAGUGAUGAUGACCGGCCUGUUGGAGCACCCCCAAUUGAAAGAGAUACUUCCUUUGUGCAGCAUCAGCGUCAUGCUAUCGAAAGCCCUUGAAGCCUUUGGGAUGGUCUCAGUAGAAGCUAUGUCUGCUGGUGUCUUGCCCCUGUGUCAUGACCAUACGGGAAUCUCAGAUGUUAUAAAUACUGUCCAAGAGAUUGACCCGGAGUUGGCAAGCAUAAUGCGCGUGGGGAUACGUCCCGGUGGCGUACAUGGUGUAGCUGACGGUGCUUACUUGAUAGAGCAGCUGCCCAACAAGGUGGAGAGGGCUCUCAGCUACCUGUAUCCCAACGGCUUCCGCGAUCACACCAAACGACGUGAGGUGUCCGCCCAGCUUAGGGCUGUAGCAGUGGCCAAGUUUUCGUGGGAUGUCAUUUGUAAAAGUAUUCUGGAAGAAUAAACGAAGCGAGAUCUGGUUCACACCUUCAAAAAAUGUUUUCAGUAACGAAAAAUCAAUUUGAGCUUUAAUAAUUAUUCCACUCCCUUAAGAAGACCUAUUCAGAUUAGCCUUAUACCGAAUUGUCUUCACAUGUGCAAUCAGAGUACUUAAAAUCAUCUUUUCAAAUACAGAACUCAUAAUAUAAUCUAAUUUUAGCCAGUGCCUUUUUAUUUUCUGCCGAGUUUUCGUUUCCAUGGUUACAUAAGUUGCUAACUGAACAACCGAUAGGAUCAUGACAUGUAUUGGGAAAAGGUCAUUGUCAAUCACUGUGAUUUCAAAUGUUCACAGCUGAUGUUGUCAUAAACCGAUUAAUUAAACAGCAUCUAAAAGAC